AUGUCCGCUAUCCAGAACCUCCACUCUUUUGGCCCCUUUGCUGAUGCAAGUAAGGGUGAUGAUCUGCUUCCUGCUGGCACUGAGGAUUAUAUCCACAUAAGAAUUCAACAAAGAAAUGGCAGGAAAACCCUUACCACUGUCCAAGGGAUCACUGAUGAUUAUGAUAAAAAGAAACUAGUGAAGGCGUUUGAGAAGAAAUUUGCCUGUAAUGGUACUGUAAUUGAGCAUCCAGAAUAUGGAGAAGUGAUUCAGCUACAAGGUGACCAGCACAAGAACACAUGCCAGUUUCUCGUAAAGACUGGACUGGCUAAAGACGACCAGCUGAAGGUUCAUGGGUUUUAA